AUGGGCGGAGACGGCAAACUUUUUACCUUGGCCGAGGUUUCUGAGCACAGUAGCUCCCAGGAUUGUUGGAUCGUCAUCGACGGCAAGGUCUAUGAUGUGACCAAGUUCUUGGACGACCAUCCUGGUGGCGACGAAGUGAUCUUGACUUCUACAGGGAAAGAUGCGACCGACGAUUUUGAGGAUGUGGGACACAGUUCGACUGCAAAAGCAAUGCUGGAUGAGUACUAUGUGGGUGAUAUUGACUCAGCCACUGUCCCAGCUAAAACCAAGUUUGCUGCUCCAUCUCCAAAAGUGACGACGACCACCGAGUCUAGCCAGAACAAGAGUUCGGAUUUUCUCAUUAAGAUCCUUCAGUUCCUUGUUCCUCUUCUUAUCUUAGGCUUGGCUCUCGGUAUCCGUUCUUACACCAAGACUCCUUCUUCUUGA